CUGCACAUGACUUGAUAAGAAUCAAAGUUUGGGGCCACCACUCUUAUUUUCGCACAAAUUGGUGUGCUGUUUGUCUCCUCUCAUUAUAGGAGCUAUCCUCAACCAAAUAACGUGUAUGAGGUGUCUUUGGAUAGCUUUUGAAGUCUAUUUUCAUAUUUGAGUGGCCACAGUUCGAGAGGAGAAGUCAAUCAUCCAAAAAUCGAUCUGGAACGAGCAGAGGUCUGUGAACUCGAGCUGUGAGAGUGCUGAGACUGUUUGGCCGAUAUCUCGAGUUUUACCAAUCCAAUUAAGGCGUGUGAGAUACCAAAAUAAAGCUCUCAAGACGAGGAAUCCGUGAAGGUCUGGUUUGCAUCAAUCGGAGUAGAGGAAGGCUUCCAAAUCGUCCGAGCAGAACGAGACCUCGCAGGGACGGAUUUACUCUUCUAAGAAUCGAGUUAGCCGGAAAACACCCGUUCUAGGGGCUGUUUUAGUAUCAACGAUUCGGGGUUGAAAUAGCAACUUGAGGAGGCUGUUUAGCACCCAUUUUCAAGCAAGGAACUAGUUCCCAAUCUUCCUUGGCCGAGGCUUUAGCCAUUGGAUCGAGAAGGAAGGUUUUAAAGCUCAUUUGAGGUUGAGGCUAGAGCUUGCUUCCUGUGCUCGUUGCUCGAGGGAUCAUCUAGGAGGGAAGACUUGGUUCGUGCUUCCUCCAUUCAGUUUUAAACAUUAAUAAACAUGCUCAUGGAUUUUUACUUUAGAGCCUGCGUGCUCAUGUUAGCCACGUGUGGCAUUUGUUUUCAAACUAUGUUUUCCGCUAUGUAUUCGAUUACUUAUUAUGCUUGUUUAUGGAUGGCUUACGUGUGAAUGAUAUUCGGGACGCCUUGUAUAAUAUGAAUGUGUUGGACUGCGGUUGACUAUUCGUAUUGUACGGCGGGUUGUUGGCGUGUCCGGGGAGGUCCGGGGCGUGACAAUUAAGUUGGUAUCAGAGCCUUAGUCCAUAAACUUCAUAAUGAAGUCUCAAAAUUCUCUUUUUGAAAAAGAUUUUGAAAACCAUGAGCAUAGGAGUUUUGUACUUGGAGAGCUUUUGGUACUUGGGUUGCAAGGUCUCUAAUUGUUAAGAUGGUACCCUUAGCAAUUGGUAUGGCGGUGACUCGAGCCAAAAUGUGUCUUAAGUACCUAUCCGUCAAUUGACAUUUGAUACGAGUCUAAUGACUCUUUCCAAAUUUCUUUCAGAAAUGGACGGUGGUGGCAGGAUUACUAGGAGAAACCCGACGGGCCGUGUACCAGUGGAGACUGGACAGGGCAGUCGAAGGACCUCUAGGGCGUCUAGGGGAGCUGGCCGUGGAGGCCGAUCACAGACCGUGAGUGACGGUCAUGUUGACACAGAAAGUGAAACCUACUGGUCCUAUGAGGACUCAACUUACCAACCGGAGACCGAGCCGGUUGAGACCCCUUACGAAGGGGAUGACGAUGAUAUAAGUGAUGAAGAAGGGGAGAAUGACUCCCUAGCCAGAAUCGAGGCGCUGCUCCAACAAUAUCAGCGGGAGCGCGAAGAAAGGAGGGAACGCCGAAGGCGCCGGGGAGGGCGAACUUUGGGUGGGGCUUCAAGAGGAAGAAGCCAAGGCGACUCUAGGGCCCACAUUGAACCACAUGGGGGCCGGGGUGAUGGAGGUCCGAUCAUAAGGAUCUCAAAAUUUCUCAAAGAGGCGAGAGACUUGGGGUGCAAACCCUUCAACGGAGCAGGUGACAUCUCGGUUGCCGCGGAAUGGAUCAAGAGGCUGAACGAAGCAGCCCUUGAUAUGCAACUCACCCCCGAGUUUAAGCUAAGGGUGGCGGUGAGGUUGCUUGAAGGGAUGGCAUCCACAUGGUGGGACGGAGCCAAGGGAAAGUAUGGCAACACGGUGACUUGGGAGAAUUUCCGACAGGAGUUCUUUGCCCAAUAUUAUUCUGAUUUUGAGGUGAACGCCAAGAGGAGAGAGUAUACCCUCCUGACCCAAGGGGGCAAAAUGACGGUGAGGCAACUUGAACACAAAUUCAGGGAGCUCGCGGAGUUCAUACCGGAGUAUGUGUGUGACGAGAACCGGAUGGUAAAUCACUUCUGGGAUGCCUUAGACCUGGAGGUGCGUGAGAGGGCAACACAGUUGCCUAACAUGACUUUUAGCCAAGUGGUCGAGCAAGGGUUAAAAGGAGAGAAAGAAUGGGAGGAAAGAAAGUUGAAGAACGCCGAUGAGGCAAAGAAGAGGAAGUGGGAGAACCAUGGGCAUCAAGGUCCUAGCAAAAAGGGGAACCAUGGGGGAGGGGGAUCUUUUCGGACACCCCCACUGCCACCUAGGGGAAGUCAUGGCCCGGGCGGGCAAUCACAAGCCUCGGGGGUGACUCGUUGUAAGAAUUGCAAGAGGAACCACCCGGGGAAAUGUCGUGACCCUCCUAGAUGCUACCAAUGCGGGAGCACCGGUCACAUGAAGAUGAGCUGCCCACAACUGGGCGGGACGAGGGCAUCAGGGCCAAGUAGUGGUAAUACCGGGACACGGAAUCAAGCCGGGACUUCACAAGCAUCCAGGGGGCAAGGGGGAGCAAGCGCAAGCAACGCGCCGUCCGUGAAUCAAGGAAGGACUCAAGCUAGGGUCUACGCGAUGACGGAGGCGGAUGCUCAAGCUAACCCGGAUUCCGUUGCAGGUUGAGGCUAGAGCUUGCUUCCUGUGCUCGUUGCUCGAGGGAUCAUCUAGGAGGGAAGACUUGGUUCGUGCUUCCUCCAUUCAGUUUUAAACAUUAAUAAACAUGCUCAUGGAUUUUUACUUUAGAGCCUGCGUGCUCAUGUUAGCCACGUGUGGCAUUUGUUUUCAAACUAUGUUUUCCGCUAUGUAUUCGAUUACUUAUUAUGCUUGUUUAUGGAUGGCUUACGUGUGAAUGAUAUUCGGGACGCCUUGUAUAAUAUGAAUGUGUUGGACUGCGGUUGACUAUUCGUAUUGUACGGCGGGUUGUUGGCGUGUCCGGGGAGGUCCGGGGCGUGACAUUUAAUAUUUCGGAAAUUACACACUUUUGGUGUAAUAGUUUAGUUUGUCAAACUCUUGUAAAUUGUUUAGAUUAGGUUUAUUCUGAGCUCAAACAGGUCUACUAUCACUCAAAGGACAGUUGGUGAACCCCAAAAGUGGAAAGAAGGUGCAAAAUCACAAGACAAAAGGGAAGAUCCUAAUUUUUGGUCUAUACCCGGUCGAGUAUCAUCUAUACUCGAUCGGGUAUCUUGUUGAAAUUUCAAAUCGGAUCGGAUCCGAAAACAAAGGAACAUGCAGGGAAGAUUUUGACACGAUCGAAUGUCUAUACCCGAUCGGGUACACCGACAUACUCGAUCGGGUAUAGCUAUAAAUUUUACUCGAAUAUCGAUCGAGUAUGGAUCGAAUUCGAGUAUCUACACAUACUCGAUCGAGUAUCUGUAUAUACUCGAUCGAGUACCCGACCUGCACCCCAAAAAGUCCAAUAAAUACACCUCUUUUCCUUCACAAUUAGAUACCAAUUCCUUUAUACUCUUAAGCUCAGUUUAGAAUAGCAUUUCUCUAUAUUUCUUUUAGCAUGUUUAGUCUCCAAAUGAGGAGCUAAACUUCCAUUUCUUGGUUUUGCUCUUAAAGCUUGUUGAUUAUUAAAGUUGUGAG